AUGAGCUCCUACUUUGUCAACCCGCUGUACGCCAAGUACAAGGCGGCGGCGGCGGCGGCGGGCGAGCCCCUGGGCCCCGCGUACUACGACUGCCCCUUUGCGCCCGAGCUGAGCGGCCGCCACGCCGCCGCCCUGCUUUACGGGACCAGCGCGGCCGCCGCGGGCUUCCAGCCGCACCCCGGGCCCGGCGGCGGCGGCCCAGACUAUUACCUGCAGGCCGGGGGGAGCCCCGCGGCUGCCUUCCAGCCGCCUCCUCCCCCCGCUCCCGCGCCGCCUCCUCCUGCCCCCUGCGGCGGGAUUACCUGUCACGGGGAGCCCGCGAAAUUUUACGGAUACGAUAAUUUACAGAGACAGCAGCUUUUUACGACCCAGCAAGAGGCCGAGCUGGUACAAUAUCCUGACUGUAAAUCGUCCAGUGCUAAUAUUGGCGAGGAACCAGACCACUUAAAUCAGAGCUCGUCUCCAGCUCCAAUGUUCCCCUGGAUGAGACCGCAAGCAGCGCCUGGUAGGAGGAGAGGAAGACAAACAUACAGUCGUUUCCAGACGCUAGAGCUGGAAAAGGAAUUUCUGUUUAACCCUUAUCUGACACGGAAGAGAAGGAUUGAGGUAUCCCACGCGCUAGGACUCACCGAGAGGCAGGUAAAGAUCUGGUUUCAGAACAGGAGGAUGAAAUGGAAAAAAGAAAACAACAAGGACAAAUUCCCAGCUUCCAGGCAGGAGGGAAAGGAAGGGGAGGCCAAAAAGGAAGCACAUGAUCUGGAAGAAGACAGAGCUGAAGGCCAGACGAAUUAAGUUUUGCCUUUAAACAUUAAUAAAAGAUUAUUGAAAAUAAGGAUCCACUUAUGCUGGGAAACACGGCCGGUUUUCUUUGUUGCAAAGGUCCUUAGUGUGUUUCAAGCUGUCCUAUGUCAUUAGGCUUGACGUUUCUGUGCUGUGUGUUUUUUGGUUUUGUUUUUACUGUAUCAGGCACAAUCUCUAGCUCACUUAUUCUUAUUUACAUGGAAAUUUGAUACCGAAUUUGUAGCAAUAUAUUUUAUUGUAAUUUUCCAAUGUUUAAAAGAUAGUGAUUACUGUCAACGACAUAAACUUCCUAAUGAUAAGUACCAAUAAGCGAGACAUAUAAAAUGCUUUAUUAAUCAGAACAAGUGCACUUGUACUAUUUUAAACUUUUUCCUAUAUUAUGUUGAGUAAGUUAAAGAAAU